AUGGGACAUAGAUUACUGAGAAAGAUAGACCUCCGUAUUAUCCCUGCUUCAAUGGCUAUCUAUACCCUCAACUUCCUGGCGCGGGCAAAUAUUGGAAAUGCGAAGGUUCUAAAUGCAGACAAAGGUCACUCUCUGGACCAGACGCUCCACGUGACCGAUAAGCAAUACCUCGACGCGCUCAUGAUUUUCUUCAUCUCGUACUCAGUCUUCGAAACGCCUUCCAAUUAUAUGCUCAAAAAGUUCUUCCCCUCUCGCUGGUUCGCGUUCCUCAUGCUCGGAUGGGGUGCCAUGGUCAUGAUCCUCGGUGGAGUGCAAAACUUCGGUGGGCUCGUCGCCGUGCGCUUCCUCCUUGGUGCCUUCGAGGCGGGGCUCUUUCCAGGGAUCAUCUACUUCCUGACAUUCUGGUACCCUCCCCACGAGCGAGCAUUCCGUACUGCUUUAAUUGUAGCAUGUGCCUCCAUGGGUGGUGCGUUCGGAGGGUCGAUAGCAUUUGGAAUAGGGAAACUAGACGGCGUGAAGGGUCUUGAAGGAUGGAGGUGGCUAUUUCUCAUCGAGGGUAUACCGUCCGUCGCGUGUGCGAUCCUGGUCUACUUCUUCUUCCCUGACUAUCCAGAAUCCGCCAAAUGGAUGUCACGAGAGGAACGCCAGAUGUUGAUUCGCAGACUCAAGGACAAUGCGUCGUUGGGACAUGCCAAGAUUUCAUGGGCAGAGACCAAGGCGACGCUGACGGAUUGGAGACUUUACCUCCAUUAUUUGGCGUUCAUUUCCAUCUCUGUCCCAUUUUCAAGCAUAUCGCUCUUCGCGCCGACUAUCGUGGCUGGCUUAGGGUAUCAAGGCUUGAGCGCCCAACUAUUCACAGUACCCCCAUUUGCCAUUGCAUUCGUCGUGACUGUACUGGUAUCUCGCCUGGCGGAUAAGUACAAAUCAUGGUCACUGGGAUCCGCGGUCUCGCUAAUGACGGCGGGUUUAUCUUUUCUCGUGCAAGGCGCAUUACCACCAACUUCAUUCAAAGCGCGAUAUGCGAUGCUCUGCAUUGCGACUAGCUUCUCGUACUCCGCAAAUCCAUCCCUCCUCAGCUGGCUCACCGCAAACUUGCGGAACACAAGUGCGACGACGCUUGCAGUCCCCUUGAACGUCACUCUCGGGACCAUCGGACAAAUAAUCGGUAUCUACAUCUACAAGCCACAGGAGGCACCGGGAUAUCCUACGGGGCAUUUCACGAACGCGGCAUUCCUUUUGGAGGCAUCUGUGGUCGUGCUUGUCUUGCGCGCUAUUUAUGCGAGACGGAACCGUUCUCUAGCGGUUGGUGAGAAACCAUGGAGUUUGUAG